AUGUCCAAGUCGGAGGGGCCGGGCGAGCUGCUUUGUCUGCGGCUGUCUGCGGCUGAAGCGCCUAAAGGCCCGCAGCUUGUGUGCGGCUCCUGUCAACACCAGGGCCUCGUGGUGUGGGGGGAGGUGCAGGGGGAGGUGCAGGGGGGAGGUGCAGCCGCCCGGGCCCGCCUCUGUGACGUUAAAUGUCCACAGGAAUGUGGGUCUUUGAAGAUACAUGCAUCAUGGGUAGUAUCCUCCAGUGAAGGCCCCGAGCUGAGCAUCCACAUCUGGACCCUGACAACUGCUCUACUGGGUCCAGUGGUCCGAGGACAACACUGGGUGUCAAACAUGUGA